AUGUUUGGUAGAAUACUUGCUUUGUUCUUAUGCUUUUCGACGAUAAUAUGUCAAUCUGACAAUGAUGAUAUAUCGACAAUUCGUCAGCGUAUCCUGGAAUUGACUUUGUGGCCAACAAAUGAAACACUUCCAUCUGUUGUUCAAUCUGCUAUAAGUUUCAACGAAAAAAUGAACAGUUCUUGCUAUUGGAAAGAUAUUAACUAUGCUGAUAAAACCUUAGCAGUCUGGGCAACUGAAGAGCAUCUAAAUCGAGUAAAUAUUAUGAUUCAAGCGUUGACUGCACCUGGUUCCACCGUACAAAAUGAUCCUCGAAUAUCCCGUGGUGCUCAUUGUGCUUUAAAUGUUUGGCUAGCGCGCGAUUUUUUAAAUCCAAACUGGUGGUUUAAUCAGAUCGGUAUUCCAUUGUUAGUCACUGGUCAAUUAUUAAUGUUAGGCUCGAAUGCAACUGCGUAUGAAAUCGAAAAAAUAACUCAAAUAUCAUUUCGUUCGGAUUGGUGGGAACAUGAUCCAGGUACAGGUGCAAAUCUCAUUUGGAUGGUUCAAAUUGAAUUAUAUCGCUCAUUGGCGACAAACAAUCGAACUGGUCUUGAACAAGGUUUUACACGUAUGUGGAAAGACAUUGUUGUACUACCAUUAGGUGGACAAGGAAUCCAACACGAUUGGUCAUAUCAUUUUCAUGGUAUACAAUUAGUAUCAGCAUCUUAUGGACAAGAUUGGGCAUUAGCUAUGACGAUAUUUAUUUUGUGUACGAAAGAUACGGAGUAUGAAGUCAAUCAGGAACAGAUGACUGUAUUCGCAAGAUUUUUGGUAGAAGGUGAUGCGUGGAUGAUAAUGGACAACGUUUGGGAUUGGCAAGUGGAGGGACGUGCAAUCGAUCGAACGGGAAAUAACUUUGAAACGUUCGAAUUUGAAUUGCAACCCAAUUGGAUUCGAUCAUUAGGAGAUUUAAUUGAAAUGGAUAGUUUGAAAAAAGAUUUAACUAAUUUUGCCGAUCGCCUUGAAAAGAAACCUUCUGCUGUUCCUCUAAUCGGUAAUAAACACUUCUAUACAUCUGAUUAUCAAGUUCAUCGCCGUCUGAAUUGGACUUGUGCAAUUAAGAUGCAAUCCAUCCGAACAACACCAACUGAAUGCAUCAAUAUGGAGAAUCAAAAAGGUGAACAUCUUGGCCAAGGUGUUUUAAAUCUCUAUACAACAGAUUCUAUAGUCUAUCGUCAUAUAUUUCCUGUAUUUGAUUGGCAAGCCAUCAAUGGCAUUACAGUUGAACAUGAUAUUCCCAUUGAACCUUGUAUAAAAGGAAGUUUUAACUGGAUUAAAUUAAGUUUCGUUGGUGGAGUCAGUGAUGGAAGUUAUGGUUUGACAAUAAUGGACACAGCGACACAUAAUCUUACAGCACAAAGAUCGUGGCACUUUUACGAUGAUGCAAUCAUUGCAUUGGCAAGUAAUUUGACUCUUACAACAUCGAAUACUGCAUGGACAACGUUAGCUAGUCGAACGGUUUCAACAGGAAAAGUGAAUGUUGGAUUUUUUGAUGGACGAAUUGUUACUCUGAUGGAUGGAGCGAAUUAUUCGUUUCCCUAUACUUCAAAUCAAUCAAGUAAUGUUCAAUGGAUACAUAUUGGCGAAAGUCAAAUCGCGUAUGUGUUUCAAAAUCAAGGUCUAUAUUCCCAUAUAGGUGCAGAGAUUAGUACAAAAACUGCAUCAUACAGUACAAUUGGGCCUUAUAACGGUACAGUGACCAAACGUACAGCAACUGUAUGGAUUGAUCAUGGCAUUGGACCAUAUGUACGUGAUUAUAGUUAUAUGAUUUUACCAAAUAUUGAUCUUGCAUCUGUACCAACUCGAAUAGAACUUUAUAAAACUGAUCAAAUCUUUACAUGUAUUUCGACAAAUCCUCUUGUUCAUGGAAUGGCCUGGUCAACACUUCAACGUGCAUCAUUUGUCGUCUGGAAUGAUCUUCCAACAACGUUUACCUGUCAAAAUCCUUUGUUUACAUUAAACAUCCGAUUGAAUUCUUCUUCUGGUGUUUAUCUAUUCAAUGAAACUUCAACUGAUUUUUCCAUCACUGUUUCUCAUCCAAUACGUGUCAACAGUUCAAUAACGAUAAAUCUCGAUCGUAUUGGCUACGGACCGAAUUGUAUCUGUCAAUCGGACAAUACAACAGAUGUUUCAAUAGAUCUACUAUCAUCUGGACAAUUCUUGGGUUCAUCAGUAACAGUAACAUGCUCCAAGAAAAAAGAAAAACAUCAAUCGAUCUAA